CUAUAUGUACCUGCUGUGUGCAGUGGUUUUGCACACAGCAGCCUAGAUCCUCCUCUUUUUGGGUCCCCCACAGGCUCUCCUGGCUCCCCCUUUCUGUCAGGUGCCCCCACAGCAAGCAGCUUGCUAUGGGGGCACCCACUGCUUUGUGUGUCCAUUCACACACAGAGUCGAGCCAAUGAGGAGGCAGAGACCCUGGUCAGCCGAAGCUGUCAUUCACAUCAACGGAUCGCGAUGGGGCUCAGGUAAGUAUUGAGGGGGCUGGGGGCACUGCUGCACACAGAAGGUUUUUUACCUUCUUGCAUAGAAUGCAUGAAGGUAAAAAACCUUCAGCCUUUACAACCACUUUAAAA